CAAACGCGCUAAGACCACUGUAGAGGACGACGAUCCAUGGCUCGAGAUCGCUUGCGGUGUCGCCGGUGAUGCCGAAGGACAGGGGGCAGCUGCUGCCACGGCAUCAGCACCUAUUUAGCCUCGAUGGCGAGGGUUCGCAAGACGAAGAGUUGGACGACGAGCUCGCCACCCUCGUGGCAGACGAGCCCCCGCGUGCUGCCAAGCAGUCCCCUCUGGCGACGGCGCUGCUGAAGACGGCCCUGGAAAACCCGGGUGGAGUUCGUUCAUUGCUACGGGAGCAAGCGGAGACGGCCGCGCAAGGGUGCGGGUGCCAGACACCCCUUGCGCAAUGGAAGAAAGGCGACCCGGGCGGGGUUACAACCUGUGGGCGCCAACAGGCCCAUAUCAUCGCUGGGGUGUCCAUCCAGCAUGUGCUCGACCGUCAGAAGGCGAGGGACAGCGAAGGCGACAAUGUGCCGUACGUGCUUGCGCGCACGGUUAGGAGCAAUCUACAAUACUUGGCGGCGCAAGAGAUUGGGGCUACUGGGCAAGGAAACCAAUGCCGGCGCGGAAUGUUUUGCAGCCGCUAUGGGCAUGUUUUGCGGCAAGGGGAAGGAGGGCAUUCCUCGUGAUGUCGUUCUAGCGUUGCUGACGCACUAGUAGGCUCGCAUCCACGGGUCUGUUCGAACGAGAGGCCUGGUUGAAGUCGACAGAGAUGUUUUUUUUUUGUGGUUGUCUAGUUGCACUGGCGGACAGUGCGAAACUUUCGCAUAAAAAAAUAAUGCGUAAGAGAAAGUACCAGGGUUGUUGUUGGGGGGCUACUCAGGCGUGCAUGUGUGGGCAGAGGGGGACUAGAGGUUCUGCGCUCGACGUUUUUUUU